UGAAGACCUGCAACUUUCAUUUGCAUGAUUGUAUCUGAAUCUCGUACAACUGCUUAAAUCAUGUCAUGACUCGUGAAGCUGCAGCUGAAGCUUCGGUCGAGAUUAAUGACGAAACUAUGGGCAUUUGCGCAGCGCGUCGCAGUUCUUGACUCUGUCAGCGACAAAUGCUUACCUAAUUCCCUUGCUUCCCACUAUAAGUCACCAAUCCUCACGCGCUCACGUUAGUCUGGUCGAGGUCUUCUUUAACGAUGCCAGCUGCCCAUCGAGUCCCCGAGAGUAGCCCAGUUGCCGCAUUCCUAUCCGAAUAUGGUUCUGACACUGAGAUAUACGUUAGUCAUCUGGACACCACUCCCGUGUCAGGCCGAAAGAUACACUUCUUCACCAUGAUGGGGGCCAAUAUUGCAUGGUCUUUUCUGCUUGGCAAACGCGUACAUGGCGCCUUGUACCGCUAUGGCAUCCAAUUUAUCCUUGGGAAAAUGUUACCAAUGCCCAAGGUCUCCCCUCCGGUGGUGAACUGGCCACUAGCAGGUCAAUUGUGCCUUGACAUAUUUUUGUUGGCCGUGUUACUUCCUUUAAUCCAAAACUUCAUCUCGGUCAUCAAGCUGCGAUACCAUCAUGGGUUCCCCAAAUCUGAAAUUGUCUUCCGAAAACCUACUCCAGCAACAGUCGCAAAUAUUGUCUCUGAGCCCCAGGACAAAAGGGAUUCAUAUAUGAAUGAUAUUCUGCGUCGUGCUGUCGAUCCAGAGGAAUUCAAACAUCCAACUUGGGGCAUGCCUUGGGAUGAGUGGACCAUGGACUUCCGAGCGAUGGCGGCUGCGUACGAGGCGGAGAAGAAGGGUAUUAUCUCUAGAGAUGCGUGGGAGCUAAGCGUGUGGAUGAAGAUGAAGGAAGGCUGGACUGUAAUCGAGCACGGGAAAGUCAGCAACCCGUUGAGCCAAGUUGGUAUGAUGGAAAAGCUUCAAUACAAACUCACUGCCAUGGGCAAGCGACACGUGUUUAGUCAGAUGAUGGAGGUGAUUCAGGUCAAGACUGUUGCUAAAGACGGAACUGCCCUGCCUGUCACUCAGGAAGUGGACAACAUCAUUGCGGACAUUUUUCGCCGCAAUGAGGUGGAUUUUGCGCAGUUGACAAGCGAACUGGCCUCAGAAUCUCCCCGGUUCGUGGCCAACUCGUCUAAAAAGUCGAAGUAGACAGAACGGGUUAAUAUUUAGUAUGUGAGUCCCUUGUAUUCAUUGAGCUAGCUGGGUGGUUUGAAAUACCCGUGUAGAUCACGGGUACAUAAUAUUGGAAUUACUAUGCCAGUCGAGUGUCUUUGCGUAUUACAGGACAUCCAUAUCAGUCAAGUGGCGCUCUCUUGAGCACGUUGGUAU